AUGUUUAAAUUUAAUGUUUAUAUCGAGCUUAUCACUGAAUAUAUCGAACUUCCAAUUUCAAAUAAUUUUGACUUAUUAUCUCCUGAGGAAGGAAGUAUCACUAGAUAUGCUAACAUUUUUGAAGAAUCCGACGAUUACGAUUCAGAUUACGAAUUAUAUAACACAAGUCGUGAUUCCUAUAGUGAUACACACGUUUAUAGUACUAGAAGAUUUUCUGGAUAUUCGGAUUUAGAUAAUAAUUAUUACAACAAUUACAAUAAUAAUGACACACAUAGUCAGAAGAGUAUGACAUUUUCUGAUAGAGUUAUCAAAGAAAGACAAAGAAUGAUUAGAAAGAAAUUAUUAUCAAGAUAUAAUGCAAAUGGAUCUAAUAUAACUAAUGAAAUUUAUAAUAAUUUGCUCCGUCCUCACCUUGCUGAAAUUAAUUUUACACUUAGUAAAGAUGAUUGUGAUUUAGAUUUGUACAAUCAGAUUUUAGAAAAGCAUAAGAGGAUAGCUAAUGCUUUGUCGGAUCAGAAGGAAAUAAUUCGUGAUAUCAAGUUUAAUUCAAAUCGCACAUCUGCCACAAACGAGAAACUCAUACAAGUGCAACUGGAAAAUGCUAAACUACUGUCGGAUAAUCAGGAGAAUAUUGAAACCAUCAAAAACCUGAAGAUAGAUAUCGAAAACGCACAGUCAGAUCUGAUUGUUGAGAGGAAACAGAAUGAGCAGCUGCUCAAGGAUAAGGUAGAGCUUCAGAACAAAAUAAGCAUCCUGUCGAAGGAGAACAGGUCACUUUUGACGUCGCAGGAAAUGAUGCAGAAUAUCCACAACAAUGAGGUCGAGGAGCUGAAUAGUAAAAAGGCAGAGUUAUCUUCGAGGAUAUGUGAGCUCCAGAACGACUUGGACUUUUUCCGAGAUAGCCUGCAGGAGUCCCACAAGAUGAACGAAAUACUAAGAUCUGAAAUGACGUCUCUCAUAGACGUUUACAAAAACGACAAGGACUCGCUUAAUAAGCUAAAGCUUGAGAACAAGAGGCUUAUGGAAAACAAUUCUAUUUAUAAGUCUCAAAACUACUCGCUGAUUGAGAUCAACGACCGACUCAGGAAAAGAACGCUGUUUUGCAACCACACGGGCGAGUUCAGCAACACUAACAGCAGCACUAUUACUAACCUCAGCAGCGAUCUUAACUUACAAUCGACACCUACGGCGUUUAGUCCAAACGCAAGUCACUCAAGCUAUGUCUCAGAAUCUCUCCAAGAUAUCCAUGCGGGCUCUGAUGAUCAUGUAAACGCGAAUGCUAAUCUCUCUGUAACAGACGUGCACAGUUUGGACCACUCAUUAUCAGCCGUAAGCCCGAAUUCAAACACCAACUCUUCUACGUCAACUGCUAUCGUAUCAAACUCAUGUCAUCUUGGCCUGGUGUUCAACUCCAUUGACGAUAAUUCCGCAUAUAUUAAAAACAAUGGCACGUUGAGCAACAUGGGAUCACCUUUCAGUUGUCAAUAUAAUGAGACAUCUGACUCUAUGGGCGUUGAUGCAAAUCAGAGCUAUGCCAUCGCUAAUUUAAUCACCAAUGACAAAAUCGCAAAUCCGACCACAAGGUGGGUAACUGAAAAGGUUUCCAGACAAUCGAGUAUGGACGGCCUCGAGAGUCUUCGAGAUAAGAUUAGGAGCAUUUCUCUCGAUUCCAAUGUUGAAAACGUAAACAUCAACGGCACUUUGAAGUGCUUUCAGAGCAACGUAACUAUUAACCUCAUUCAAAACAAGCUUCAGCUGAUUUCACAAAGACUCAAUGAGACUAUUGUAUAG